AUGGGCCAAAUGCCCCUGAGCGUCGCGCGUGGCGAGCUGGAUCUGGAGCAAGCGGGCGGUGCGCAGGCGGGUGAGCGGGCGGUGGCGGUGUCUGGCGUGACUCGUGAUGCGCGCGUGGUUCGCGGUGUGCCAUCUUCAAACGAGCGUGACGUGGGCAAGUGGGUACGGGGGUGCCAAAAUAAGGGUGGGUGGGAGGUGGGUGAUAGCGACUCGCGAAGGGCUGCUGGGUCCGUGGUCAGUGGGAGUCAGAAGAAACAUGGAAAUGGGGUCCCAACCCCCCCUCCCCCCGCAAAGAGCGUGUGCAAGCUUGGUGACUCGUGA